GAGCGCCCGGCGGGUGUCGCGGGGGUCCUGGGGUGGGCGUGAGCCGCAGCGCCCGCCCUCCCGGCCGCGGCCCGGCCCCUUUAAGCGCAGGCCCCGCCCGGUCCGAGCCGCUGCCACCACCGCCGCCGCCAUCAUGAUCUGCCUGGUGCUGACGGUGCUGGCCCACCUCUUCCCGGCGGCCUGCGCCGGCGUGCACGAGCGCACCUUCCUGGCCGUGAAGCCCGACGGCGUGCAGCGGCGGCUCGUGGGCGAGAUCGUGCGGCGCUUCGAGAGGAAAGGCUUCAAGCUGGUGGCGCUGAAGCUGGUGCAGGCCUCGGAGGAACUGCUGCGUGAGCACUACGCCGAACUGCGCGAGCGCCCCUUCUACGGCCGCCUGGUGGACUACAUGGGCUCGGGGCCGGUGGUGGCCAUGGUGUGGCAGGGGCUGGACGUGGUGCGCGCCUCGCGGGCCCUCAUCGGGGCCACGGACCCGGCCGACGCGUUGCCCGGCACCAUCCGCGGGGACUUCUGCGUCGAGGUUGGCAAGAACGUGAUCCACGGCAGCGACUCGGUGGAGAGCGCCCGCCGCGAGAUCGCCCUCUGGUUCCGCGGCGAGGAGCUGCUGUGCUGGGAGGACAGCGCCGGGCACUGGCUGUACGAGUAGCCCUGCCCGCGGGCCCCAGGGGCCGUCCGGUUUGCGACCCGCCUGGAAACGCACUCGGGCCAGCGCUGAGGCUCGCCGGCACUUCUGUUUACAAUAAAGUGAAGUGCUUAUGCUCA